AUGUCUCAACUAACAAUCUCCAAGAUCAUUGAGGAACCCUUCAGCGCACUCUCCCUCUCCGAAAUGCUCAAGAUCCUCGCCGCGCUUGGUUGGUCGACAAACUAUCUCGCCAUGGUCUACCGCACGCAAGCUGACAAACUCCCCGCCAUCGCCGUCCUCCCCCUAUGCUGCGAUAUCGCCUGGGAGUUUACCUACGCGUGGAUAUAUCCACAGGCCAGCGGCCACUGGCAGGGCGUCGUGCGCGUGUGGUUUUUCCUGCACACGGCCGUCCUGGCCGCGACCCUGCGCUACGCCCCGAAUGACUGGGCGGGCACGCCAUUGGGUGAAAGCCGAGGACGACUGGUGCUGUUGUAUGCGGCGGUGAUUGCCGCGUUUGCGGCCGGCCAGCUAUGCCUGGCUUUGGAAAUGGGCGGCGCGCUGGGCUUUCAUUGGGGUGGCGCGCUGUGCCAGUUUCUCUCGAGCUCGGCCGCCGUUGGGCAGCUGCUUACCCGUGGGCAUACGAGGGGAGCCAGUUUGCUUAUUUGGGGGGCUCGUGCGAUAUCCACCGCCGGCGGGGAUCGUGCUCUCAUUGGAUGCGUCGUAUCCGGUGCUGUACCAAUUGACCAGAAGGCAUGA